AUGCACCUCUCCAUUUCUCUCCUCGCCUCGCUCGCCCUCGCCCGGCACGGCCUCGCAUACAAGCCGCUCUCUGACAAUUUCCUCCGACAAGUACCGGGUGUGUCGGAGGCCGAGCUCGACCCUGUGGCGGGCGACCUGCUGGCGCCGUUUCUGCAGCCGCGCGCGCCCGGUUCCGAAGGCCACGCCGACAUCCAAGACCAUCUCGUGCAGUACUUUGCGGCCAACCUGCCGGACUGGACGGUCGAGUGGCAGAACGCGACGACGUACACGCAGGACCCCAAGGACAAGAAGAAGAAGUUUGUGGCGCAUCACCUGGCCAACCUCGUCUUCCGCCGCGAGCCGCCCUGGACGCGGCCGGGGCAGGCCAACCUGCUGACGCUGGCGACGCACUACGCGACGCCCUCGACGGGCGUGCCGGCCGGGUACGUGGGGGCCACGGACGCGGCCGUGUCGUGUGCGCUGCUGCUGCACGUGGCGCGGAGCCUGGACGGCUUUGCCGCGCAAAUGUACCGGGAGAUGCAGGAGCUGGGCGAAGGCGGGACGGUGCCGAUGGACAUGGGGCUGCAGGUGGUGUUUGUGGACGGCGUGCCCACCGGCAAAGACAGCGAAAAAGGCGCCGGCGCCACGGCAGACGUUUCAGGGAGCGAAGGUUUGGCUGCGGCCUGGGAAAAGGAGACCAACCCGGCCUUGGCGGCCUCGCUCUACGGCUACCCGAACCGCCUCAACCAGAUCUCGCUGCUGCUGCUUCUGGACCUGCUCGGGGGCAGCCGACCGCGCGUGCCGUCGCGGUACCAGACCACCCACUGGGCCUACCAGGCCAUGGCGCGGGUCGAGCAGCGCCUGCGCGGGCUGGGUCUGCUGACAAGCAGCAGCAGCAACGGCGGCUUGGGCACGGACGACCCCUCGGCCGCCUUUUUGCCCGACCACGCCACCCCCGUCCACCAGCUCGACCUCGCCAGCGGCUGGGCCACCGACCGGGACGACCACAUCCCCUUUAUGCGCCGCGGCGUCGCCGUCCUGCCCGUCGUGCCGGACGCGAAGCCUGCGCACGCGGGCACGCUCCUGGACGACGGACAGCACGUGGACCGGCCGGUGGUGCAGGACUGGUCGCGGAUUCUCGUCGGGUUUGCGCUGGAGUGGCUGGACAUGAUGGAGGUCGAGCCCCAGGCGCCCCGAAAACAGCUCCCAGGGCACACCCUCGCCCACCUCUGUGUCGUUGUACUGCACCACCUGGCGCCAGCCGGCGAGAAGCGCCCGCCAGUAGCAGACCUCCGCGGCCGGGCUGAGGUAGCCGCGGCCGUGCGGGCCGCUGGCAAACAGACUGCGCUGCCGCCGCGCAAUGCCCUCGGCCACGGCGGGGUGGUCUUCCAGCCACUGCACCAUGGCGCCCAGAUUCGACCAGUCGGGGGCCACAAACACAAUGUUGGCCGCGUCGGGGGCCGCGUGCGGCCACGCCUGUUCUUCGUCGGCGGUUGUCGUCGCGCCGCCGCCUCCCAAGACAUCCGACGCAUACAGCGGCCGCGCCAGGUGCGUCGUGUGCUGCAUCCACGCCAGCGGCGCCGUCAGCACCACGCUGCCGCACAGCUGGUGGAACUGGAACCGCCCGCUGUACGUGAUGCCCUCGGUGUGCACCACGUACUUGUACCGGCAAAAGUCUUCAAUCAUCAGGCCGUUGCUGGCGUCCUGCAUCGCCAGCGCGUUCACGGCCCCCGUCCCGUUGUCGUUGUCCACCACCUCCGGCAGCCACGCCAGCUCCUGCACGUCCGCCCAGGGCUGGCCGCGUGUCGCCCGGAGCAGGUCGGUCCGCAGCGCCGGGUGGUGCGCGCUCGCAAACCGCGCGGUGCCGCGCCAGACGGCCUGCGCCUGUUUCCGGGCAAAGGGCAGACGCGCCUCGAUCGCGUCAAUGGCCGCCGCCGCCCGCGCAAACGACCCCACCAUGCGCGGCCGCCACGCCCAAAACGAAAAGUGCGGCAUGAGAAAGGCGCGCCCGAUGGGGGCGUUGCCGGCCGUGGGGGCCGCGUAGGCCGGCAGCGAGUACGUCCAGGCGGAGCCGUACGGCUGGUCCUGGACGUUGACGGAAAAGACGGUGUCGAGUGCGUUUGCACCGCCAGGCGAGGAUGGCGCUGUCAGGAGCGCCCGCUCAAUCUGGUGCAGCGUCGCCACGCGUGCGUCGAGCAGUUCGGGCGGCAGCAUGCUGUGUUUCUCGGCAGACAGGAUGCGGAGUCGGCCGUUGCGAACACGCGCCUGCAGCGGGCCGAGAUCGGAGGCCGGGUGCAGCGGAAACGGACCGCGGCGGACCUGUUUGUCGAUGGGGUCCAUGAGGCUGGGGAACGCGGCGCGGCAUUCCUUUUCGGUGAGGUGGAGGUUGUUGGAGAGCGAGGAUGUCGUCGAGGAUGA